ACAACUGGACUGAGUCUUUCCCUAAAAACCCUAAACAUAGAUUUUUAGUUUAGUUUGGUUUCAUUUCUCAUUUCGGCAACCAAACCAAACAUUCAGAGAGACACAACACAACCACAUCAUCACACGUUUCUCUCUCUCUCUUUCCUCUCCGUCGUCUCUCUCUCUCUAGCCACCACCAAAAUCCUUAAAACCUAGACUUUUCUCUUCCAUCGAUGGCGGCUAAUAACAGAUCCGAUCAUGGGUCAGACGAAAACACAAGACUUUACAAUCCUUACCAAAACUACGAAGUCCCAAUCAACAAAUCUCAGUACCUUUACAAGCUUCCUACCUCCCCUGAGUUUCUCUUCACGGAGGAGGCUUUAAGGCAACGUAGAUCUUGGGGUGAGAAUCUCACUUUCUACACCGGAACAGCUUACCUCGGUGGCUCCGUUGCCGGAGCUUCUGUUGGAGUCAUCACUGGAGUCAAAAGCUUCGAAUCUGGCGACACUACUAAGCUCAAAAUCAACAGGAUCUUGAACUCUUCUGGUCAAACUGGUCGAACUUGGGGUAAUCGGAUUGGUAUCAUUGGAUUGGUUUACGCAGGGAUCGAGAGUGGUAUUGUGGCUGCCACGGAUAGAGAUGAUGUUUGGACCAGUGUGGUGGCUGGUCUUGGAACCGGAGCUGUUUGUAGAGCGGCGAGAGGAGUGAGAUCUGCAGCUGUAGCUGGUGCUCUUGGUGGACUUGCGGCUGGAGCUGUUGUAGCUGGGAAGCAAAUUGUGAAGCGGUAUGUGCCCAUUUGAAGACUGCAAGAGUCUAAUUGGCAGACUCUUUUUCGGGUCGUUGUUGAAAUUUUUGAUAGGGGAAAUGGUGAGAAUUUGAUAGGUUUGGUAUGUCUUGGAAUCAUAAAAAUGAAAACUUUAUUUGGUUUCUAGAGGUACAACAAGUCUGUAUGUCAAGUCAUAAUGCAGUUUCACUUUGAAGAAUAACCUGCAAACCUUUUUCUUAUAUUCAUACUGAUUAAAUGUUUUGCCGAUUGGUAAUUUAAUUUGUCAUGAGUGUGUUUGUUCUAGUUAGUGUUUUAUGUUUCUGUUUUUGAUCAAUGUUAACUCUUUCUUGAUUCGUUGAGAAACUGAUGUGUUGUAUUACAUUUGAAAAUGAAGCUCUUCUCUCAAGUUUUUUCU